UAGGCCACAGUGACAUGAACAGUUAAAGGUUUGUUGAGAGCACAACCAGCACAGAACUGUCCUCAAUUUUCUUUAGAAAUCUGAUGAAGGAGCCGUGACAUCCUCUUACCUCCGGGAGUGGUAGAGAAUAAAGUGCCUCCAGGGGUGGUGCAAUAAUCAUGAGGUAGCUGCGUUGUGUCGUUGAUCAACACCGUCCUGGUCGGGAUGGCCCUGCUCUCGCUAUGCUGACGACUGGCCGACAUUUUCAGCGCCGAUUCGAUGACAAAUCCAACAGCUACAGAAAACUGUGGUGCUUAUUUCCCGACGGGCGGUGGAAACCCGGGCCGUUCCCCACUCUCUUAUAUCUUCCCAAAGGCUUUCUUGUCUUUCCUUUCGUCCUCCCAGCCGUCAGCACCGUCCCCUCCCUCGCCAAGGCAGGAAGCACGACACGCGGCGGGCGGAUGUGAAGUCAGCGGUGCGGAACACCAGCAAAUGGCAGUCAAGAGAAAUGUCUUUUAUAUUUGACUGGAUCUGCCGGAGCUUCAGCAGUGUCUUGCAACUAUUAGGGCUGUACAAGAAGACCGGCAAGCUAGUGUUCCUUGGACUCGACAAUGCAGGAAAAACAACACUCCUGCACAUGCUCAGAGAUGACAGGCUAGGGCAGCACGUGCCAACGCUACACCCAACAUCCGAGGAGCUGACCAUAGCUGGAAUGACCUUUACGACGUUUGACCUUGGAGGUCACACACAAGCACGAAGGAUCUGGAAGAACUACCUUCCAGCCAUAAACGGUAUAGUCUACCUGGUGGAUUGUGCUGAUCAUGAGCGACUAGCAGAGGCUAAAGUUGAACUGGAUGCCUUGUUAACAGAUGAAACCAUCUCAAAUGUUCCGGUUCUCAUCCUGGGGAAUAAAAUAGAUCGUCCAGAGGCCAUCAGUGAGGAUGCACUCAGAGGAAUGUUUGGUCUUCAUGGACAUACAACUGGAAAGGGCAAAGUGUCACUGAAGGAGCUGAAUUUGAGGCCAAUGGAGGUUUUCAUGUGCAGCGUGCUAAAGAGACAAGGCUAUGGAGAUGGCUUCCGCUGGCUAUCCCAGUAUAUUGACUGAUUCGCGUUCUUUUAAUAACCUCAACCAGGUUUACCGUGCUGCCAGUGCACACAAAGACAUGUUCCACACAAAACUACCUGCCGUAGAGAGAAAUUUUAUUAAAUAUAGCGUAUUUAGGACUUUGACUGUGCUAGUAGGGAAUGUGUUUCAAGUAGUGUUCUGUGUUAAUAUGCCCUGUGUUCCUCAUGCGUUCAAAGACAUCUGUGUUUCAUAUCAAUCAUACCACAGCAAGUGAGACAUUGCUAAGAAUCUUCAGUCUGGAUUGUUCAGAUUGAGUGUGCAGAAUAAUGUUCAUGGUGUGGUUUCUGGCUUCACUUAAAGCCUGUAGAGAAAUCUGUCUGCCAUAUAGAACAUGUCAUCGCUGUGAACCAGUUUCUGACCCGGGUGUAUUUUUAGCUGCUGGUGUAGGCUUACAGUGAAGGUCAAUUUGUUCAACACUUUGGAGUUACUCUUCCUUGAUGGAGGAUGGAUAUUAUAAUUAUAUCUUUAUAUUUAUCCUGUUUCUUCAAACUAAUGGGAAUCUUGAAGUACCAUCAGUUUUUUCCGAGAACAUAAUUUUUCUGGAAAGUGCUGCAGAGACUUGGUGCCAUAUUUGUUAAUGAGAGAAGUAUUAAUAGAGUCUCCUGCUACAGACAGUUAUGCUGAUUGCAUGUUUUCUUUAAUUGAAUGAAGGGUUUACCACUACUGGCCAAUUAUAUGAAUGUGACCACAAGUGCAUUAAUUGACAUUUUCCUGCAAGGAGCUUUAUUUAAUAGCAAAAAAUAGUGGUAAAAAAAGUGCAGGAUAUGUUAACUGCAUCAGCACAGCUAGUUGAUGUAACAAACUUAUGCCUGUCCACAGUGAGGAUGCCAAACUACCUGUUUUCAUGACGGUUUAUUGCUGUGAAAUGACUUGAGUACUUUGUGAUUAGUGGCUGCUCACAACACGCAGUGAUAUUAUGAGAGUACUUGGGUGGUGCCUAAAAAUAGGGCAUGCAAAGGAUGUGCAUGGAAUUACCUCUUAGCGCAAUAUUAUACAUUAUUUUUUAUAUAAGCUCUUAUUUAUAUUUUGAAAUAAUAAUUUGGCUUGCCAUAUGUUACAUCAAGCAUCGGGCUCUGAAGUAAUGUAUCUGUUACAAAAAGGUAGGUCAUAUUGUUAUUGAA